AUGGCUGAACGCAGACUCGUGAUCCUCGAAUCCUUCUACUUGAAGGACAACAACAAGCAGCUCUGGCGCAUCACGAAUCCCCCGGGGCUUCCAUUCUACGACAGCAUCAAUGACUACGAAUUCGUCCGACCUGCUCAUUGCAGACCGGGAGUGAUCGACGAGAUGUCCAAGAUCCUGGCACUCAUGUCAACAACCAACGACUGGAAGUUUAUUGGCGUCAUCAGCAAAGGUCCUGCGGGCGAAAUCCUCAAGCCAGACGGGGACCACUACAGAAGAGCAGUCAUUGAGCGAGUCUCGUGUAAUGCCCACGCCUGCAACCACUGUGGCAUGCCGUACUCUCGCAACGAGGUCUAUCUCCCGGUUCGCAGACACUCGACCAACUCUACUGGCCCUCCCGUACCUCCUGUCCAGAACAGUCAACCGCCAGCGUACAGAGUCUAG